AAAACGCUUAUACCCAAGACAGAUAUAUGAGGUGGAGAAAGCUGUUCACUUACUUAAGAAAUUUCAAGUUCUUGACUUUACUCAUCCAAAGCAAAGUGUUUUUCUUGAUUUGACACUGGAUAUGACACAGGGAAAGAAGGGUCUUGCUUCGUUGCCCAGGCUGGAGUGCAGUGGUAUGAUCUCAGCUCACUGCAAACUUCACCUUCCAGGCUCAGGUGAUCCUCCCUCCUCAGCCUCCUGAGUGGCUGGGACUACAGGUGUACCACGCCUAGCUAAUUUUUAUACUUUUAGUAGAGGCGGGGGUUUCCCCAUUUUGCCCAGUCUGGUUUGGAACUCUUGGGCUCAAACUAUCUGCCCUACUUGGCCUCCUGGGAUUACAUGCAUGAGCCACUGUGCUUGGUCUCUUAAUUUUCAAAAUUACUGCCUCUCAUAAUUUGUAGAAAAGUGCAUGCUCUUUCUGUACUUUACCAUGAAAAAUUUGUUUGUCCAUUUACAAAUUUUCCAAAGAUAAAAUUUGUUGAAAACACUCUAGAGAGUUAACAUAGAGUUUCUGUUUCCCUGAAGAGUCACUAGUAUAAAUUUCAAUAAAACUAGUGUUAAAAUUAGUUGAGAUAUCACUUAACUUUGAAAAGUGACUUAAACUGCUUAGGUGACAUGUUUCUUCUCUGUAAAUAAAGGCUCUGGAUUAGCUCAGUGUCCUUCAGAUAUGUUCCUUGGGGUCCUAGGUUGAGACUAAGUUUUCUUUUUUUCUUUUUAUUGCAUUUUAGAUUUUGGGGUACAUGUGAAGAACAUGCAAGAUUGUUGCAUAGGUAUAUACAUGGCAGUGUGAUUUGCUGCCUUCCUCCCCAUCAUCUGUAUCUGACAUUUCUCCCCAUGCUGUCUCUCCCCAACUCCCCAACCCUCACUGUCCCUCCCCUGUAUCCCCCUGACAGACCCCAGAGUGUGAUGCUCCCCUCCCUGUGUCCAUGUGUUCUCAUUGUUCAACACCCACCUAGGAGUGAGAACAUGCAGUGUUUGAUUUUCUGUUCUUGUGUCAGUUUGCUGAGAAUGAUGGUUUCCAGAUUAAUCCAUGUCCCUACAAGGGACAUGAACUCAUCGUUUUUUAUGGCUGCAUAGUAUUCCAUGGUGUGUAUGUGCCACAUUUUCCCUGUCCAAUCUAUCAUCAAUGGGCAUUUGGGUUGGUUCCAGGUCUUUGCUAUUGUAAACAGUGCUGCAAUGAACAUUCGUGGAGACUAAGUUUUCAUAGGUGGCAUUCCAAGUUCCUCACGCUUGCUUCAACCAGAGCUUCUCUGCUUUAUUUAUUUAUAUAUUGGAAUUCAACAGAAUACUAUUGAUUAUAAAACUCUAAAUUAGAAGCAGGAAAAGACACUAGCUUAGUAUUAAGGUCUAGUUUAGCCCUAAAUUUUAUAAGCUUCUUGCUUAAGAGUUCUAAUGUUUUUAGAAAUGGCUUUAAUUUUUAUUCUAAGGAUGUCCUUUUUUUGGACAAGCUAAAAUGUAUUAGUUUUUGAAUGUAAUUUAACAACCUCAACAACAACAGUAGUAGAGCACGUAGGAGGAGGCAGUACAAUGCAAUACUUAAGAGCACAGGCUCUGGAGUCCACCUGCAGACCGGAAACCUGCGUCAUUGCUUUUUGAGUUUGGACUUCUUUGCUCCAUGACUUUGGGUUUAAUACUUAACCUCUUCAAAUCUCAGUUUCUUCAUCGCUUUCUAAAAGGGAAUAAAAUGUUCCUGUGGUUGUGGAGGAUUAAAUGAGAUAAUGCCUGUAAAGGAUUUAGUGUGUGCUUAAUAAUAAUAGUCAACAUUUACUGAAAACUGUUUAUCAGCUACAAUGCUAAAUGCUUUGCAUGUGUUUCCUUGUUUAAUUCUAUAAUAAUCUCAGAAGAGGAAGCUGAGGUAUAGAAAGUGAAAUAACUUUUUAAAGGUCAUAGAAUAGGGGGCAGAGGUAAGAUUUGAAGCAAGGCCUGUGUGCCUGUGGACGCCACCAAAGAAGCAUUGUUGAAGUCUCUUCUCCCUGCGAUCGUGUCUAAGUUAGAGUCUCCUAAAGAGCCAGAACAGCUGAGGAUGCACUUCAUUGGAGGGUUGAGCUUAGAAACAACUGAUGAGAGCCAGAGGAGCCAUUUUGAGCAAUGGGGAAUGCUCACAGUCUGUGUGGUAAUGAGAGAUCCAAACACCAAGCACUCCAGAGGCUUUGGGUUCAUCACGUAUUUAACUGUGGAGGAGGUGGAUGCAACCAUGAAUGCAAGGCCACACAAAGUGGAUGGAAGACUUGUGGAACCACAGAGAGCUGUCUCAAGAGAAGAUUCUCAAAGACCAGGUGCCCACUUAACUGUGAAAAAAAUAUUUAUUAGUGACAUUAAAGAAGACACUGAAGAACAUCACCUAAGAGAUUAUUUUGAACAGUAUGGAAAAAUUGAAGUGAUUGAAAUCAUGACUGACCAAGGCAGUGGCAAGAAAAGGGGCUUUGCCUUUGUAUCCUUUGACGACCAUGACUCCGUGGAUAAGACUGUCAUUCAGAAAUACCAUACUGUGAAUGGCCACAACUGUGAAGUUAGGAAAGCCCUGUCAAAGCAAGAGAUGGCAAGUGCUUCAUCAGCCAAAGAGGUUGAAGUGGUUCUGGAAACUUUGGUGGUAGUCGUGGACGUGGUUUUGGUAGGAAUAACAACUUUGGUCAUGGAGGAAACUUCAGUGGUCAUGGUGGCUUUGGUGGCAGCCAUUGCGGUGGUGGAUAUGGUGGCAGUGGGGAUGGCUAUAAUGGAUUUGGUAAUGAUGGAAGCAGUUUUGGAGGUGGCAGAAGCUAUAAUGAUUUUGGCAAUUACAACAGUCAGCCUUCAAAUUUUGGACCCAAUAAAGGGAGGAAACUUUGGAGGCAAAAGCUCUAUCCCCUAGGGUGGUGGUGGCCAAUAUUUUGCCAAACCAUGAAACCAAGGUGGCUAUGGCGGUUCCAGUAGCAGCAGUAGUUUUGGCAGCAGCAGCAGAUUUUAAUUAGGAAACAAAGCUUAGCAGGAGAGGAGAGCCAGAGAAGUGAGUGACAGGGAAGCUACAGCUUAUAACAGAUUUGUGAACUCAGCCAAGCACAGUGGUGGCAGGGCCUAGGUGCUACUAAGAAGACAGAUACUCAUGUAUAUGGGCAGAAAACUGGAGGACUGUAUUUAUGACUAAUUGUGUAAUGGGUUAUUUUAGUUUCUGUUCUGUGGAAAGUGUAAAGCAUUCCAACAAAGGGUUUUAAUGUAGUUUUUUUUCUUUUUUGCACCCAUGCUAUUAAUUGCUAAAUGUAAUAGUCUGAUCGUGACUCUGAAUAAGUGUCUUUUUUUAAUGUGGAAAAAAAAAAGCUUUGAUGCAAGGUCUGUCUCAUUUCUUAAUUCUCAUUUAUUAGAAACAGUUCAUAACAGCUGUGUUGCAAUUUUGUAUUUUGUAUCAGAGUGUUACUGUUCUUUUAUUUUGAAAAUUUUGUACUGUUCAAGAUGAUCACUUUCUCAGUCAAUCAUGAAUGUAGCUGAUAAUGAUGUUUUGUAGCCCCACAAGCUUCAUUUCAUAAGUAGAAGCUGCUUGAAAACUAGUGACAUUGAAAAGAUACUUUUGUCUUCUGAAGGCAUUUUUUUUUCUUCAUACAGUGCUUGUACAACGAGCCAGUAUUCCACAGGGGAUGCUAUUAUUGUGACUGCUUAUGACUGAGAAAUUUGCAGAAACCAGUUGUGACAUGUUAAUGGCAAAGGAAUGCCAGUCCAUAAAGCUAAGCUGUAUGAUAUAAAAUAUUCUUAAUAAUUUGUCUCUUCUUGUCUGAAAAGAAACUUCCAGGAGGAUGUUUCUACUCAAAAUAGGAUUUUCUUGAUCUUUCAAUCAGUUUUAUUAGGGGAAUGACCACCUUUUCUUCAAACCUUAAGGCUGUAACAGAACUUUGGAGGGCCUGGAACUUGUUUCUAUGUAGUCUCCCUAGGAGACUAGGUCUCAGGUCUUAAUAGUUCCUGGUCAAAAUGACUGAACAGAUUAGUUUGAAGAUCCUAUAAAAUCUCCACUUGUAUUAGCUUGCCUCAAAUUCAUGCCAUUGUUUAUUUAGAAUUCUCCAAUUGACUUCCUAAGUAAAUUUGAAAGUCAUGAUGGCCUAGGUUGUUUCGAAAAUGGAGUCACUCAGAAGAGCCAUUUAGGCUUGGCAUUUUGUCUUGGGUUUAGGGUUUACAGUUCCUGAUAGUUUAGAGCCAAUGAUGACAAUUAGGGAUGAUCUACUAGGCAGAUCAGCUGGACAUUGUCUUGUUCAGUAUGUACAGCUGUUUUCAUGUCUCCCUGAUGGUGUCAGAAGAUUACAUAGUUUUAAAACAGUCAAUUGAAGGUAGCAAACAUUUAUUAUUCAUCAAAUGGAAAGCAUUCUAGUAGUGCUGGGGAAGAUGUUGAUAUGCAAACACAUUUCAUAAUAUUUGAGAGACUGAUGAAUGAUGUAGAGAUAGAAGCCAAGUGGCAUGGGAUUAUGAACCUGGAAAAAGAGAUUUUGGUUUUUAUUAUCAAAAAAAUAUAAUCUUGAAAAAGAAAUAUAAUAUCAUGUGCUUUAAAUUGUAAUUGAUGAAUAGUAAGUAAUUCAUGAAUAGUAAUCAAUGAAUAGUUCUGAAUUAAUGGGAGAACAUACAGUAGAAUCAGAACACUGAAAACAUGUCCAUUCUUGUUUUAUAUAGAAUUGUGUGAGAGAUAGAAAAGAUACUACUUUUCAUAAUUAUUUUUCCUUGUUGUG